AAAAAUUGAUCUUCUCUCCAUUCAAUUGAUCUUUAGUUUCACCUAUCAAAGGCGAUUCUUUCUUCUUCUUUUUUUGCUUAAGGAUGUUAUCUUUCACAGCAACUACUUUUGCUAACCCUAUCACAACUCUAUCAUCACCUAAUCAUUGUCAAGGACAGUCCAAUCCUAAUUGUUAUCUUUACUUUGAGCUUAGACCACUCCCAACUAAGUUCCAAACUUUAUUGCAAGUAAAACAGCCCAUCAGAAGAUAUCUUACUCGUUUCAAGUCAGUUUAUGUGAUAUGCGCUUUUACAGUAUUGAAAGCAAGAUGUGCAACUGAGCAAACACAAACUGUUACUCGUCGGUCAUCAACCUUUACCGUUGCUCCUAUUCAAGGAAAUGAAAAGUCACCAGAUCUAGAUGAUGGUAGAUCUGAAUUUCCACCUCGUGAUGGUGAUGGUGAUGGUGAUGGUGAUGGUGAUGGUGAUGGUGAUGGAGGAGGUGGCGGUGAAGGAGGAGGUGGAUGGAAAGACGGGUUUUUCUUUUUUGACUUCCUUGUCUUUCUAGGACUGUUAAACAAUAAAGAAAGUGAAGGGGACUACGGAGAUUCUAGGAGAAGAAGAUGA